CAAACACGGAUCCCGUGUCGCGUAAGCCACAUAGCGUAACCAUGACAGCCGUGUUGUUGGCGGUGCUAACGCCAGUAAAAUAGGCGUUCACAUUAGGAAAGAUAGCGUGACAUUAAUGCGUGUAAAGUGUAAACUGAAGAGAUAGGUGACUGUCAAACAUAAUUUUUAACGUAGCAAUGAUAAGAAGCGAAUUUCUUUGAGGAAAUAGCGACGGCGCUGGUGCCAUGUUAGCUAAGCCGCAAAGCGUAGCCGCUACAUAACGUUAUCUUCCGCGUUCGGAAGCCAGGUUAGCAUUUAUGGAGAUGUCUCGUUUAUUGCUCCGCCUAAGCAGCGGGUUCAAGAUGCGGGGACGAGGAGGCGAGGAGAGGACUUGAGCCUUUAGCCACGGUGGGAAGGAGAAUGAUUUCACGUUACAACAGGAGACCUGUAUCGCACAAGCUAGAGAUCCGCGGCCUGUCUCGCAGCAGCCUUGACCACCACCCUCUGCCCGAGGAGGCAUACGGCCAAACCCCUCUGUGCCCCCUCGAUGACGUGGAGGAGAUCGUCUCCAUCCGCAACAGUUCUGAGACAUCUGGUGCUUCCAGCACGUCUGACUGUCCGACCGUCAUCUCUGUGGCCUCCAGCCGGUCCUGGUCGGGCAUCCACAGCUCCACAGGCACCGGCGUCUCCACAGAGAGGAGUUCUGUCUUUUCUUGGGGCUACGAUGAGUUCGACAAGGCGGCUUCCCGCCAAGUGCAGCAAAUGUUUGACGAGAUCGACAAAGAGCUGUACGAGGGCAAAAGCAGCGGGAGAGGGAUACUUCCGAGGCUACAGGAGGAGUGUCAGCAGUGGGCCACGCGCUUCCCUCAUCUUCGAAUCCUGGGCACUCAGCUGGUGUGUCCCAGCGAUGAAGGCUUUCAGUGGUACGCAAGCUCAGGGACGAUCGGCAACAGCUCCAGUGGUGGUCCAUCGACGUCCCAGCAGGCUGAGGAAGGCGACGACAGUACAGAGUUGAAUGUGCUGGGUCGGAGCGCAGCCCUGCUCAAUUCCAACUCAGCUGAACCAAACGGGCUUUUAAGCGCAAGGGACUCCGCUCCCAGAGUGAUCGAGGUGGAGGGCAACAUGGAGGAGUACCUGGCCUUUGACCGCAUCAGCCUGGAGGACGAGAAAGAGCGAGGCUUCCCUGAGCCGUGCCCGAGGCGCGGCUGCAUGCCUCCCGUCUCGCCCUACGGGUGCCGCCGCCAGGCUGUGUUGGACCAUUUGUUCGACGAUCUGUGGCGGCAGCUGGUGGGUUGCAUGAGCGAGUUGGUCCACCGCCAGUGGGAACGUGGUGCCUCUGGUGACAAAAAGCCGUCAGGGAACUUGAGCCCAGUGCCGCAGAAUUCCUCGACGUCGUUUUCCACCGUUCCGAGCAUGCUGCCUAAACUUGGCCAGAGCCGUGCGCUGGCUCCGCCUCUGCUCGCCCCUGGCUUGCCCUUCCAGAAGCCGAGGGGCUCAAAGUGCAAGUCCCGCCGGAAGGCCCAAAAGCAGAAAGGGCCGCCCAGUGUCGGAAGGAUCUCCAUGGGAGGCGCCCAGCAGGACCUAAACGACCUCAUCAUGAUCCACAGCAUUCCGCUGCAACAGAGGAACUUGGCCACGCUGGACAAAACUCAGGAGCCAGAGGAGCGCAGCCCUCUCAGACCAGGUUCGGGGUUGGCGGCGGCCGGCCGGCACCGUCCUCGCCGGGUCCAGGAGCAGGGCUUGUCUUCGCUGAGCCGCCCGCCCCAGUCGGCCCGCCGCAGAAACCCGGCACCCCGCACUCUCCAGCCUCUCGUCCCCAGCCUGAGUCCAUCCGGCACGGCCGGCUCCAUGGAUGAGGUCAUCCGGGGUACAAGGCUACCCACAGCCAGCGAUCGCCUGAUGUCUCCAUUCUUUGCGCUGAGCAGGAACGCCCUCCUUCCGCCCAUUAGCGCCGAAAACGCAGAGCAGCCCAAAACCGCUCAGCAGCGCCACAAAGGCCCAUCCAGCCGGGCUCACAGCGCCCUAAACGAUGAGGUCGCCAGUUCAAUUCCGAGGGAUCGCCUUUACCCGUUGGACGUCUUCUCCCGGCCCAACACCACGCACACAUACAGGUCAGACACUCCGUACCGGCGCUCCUUCACCGUGCUGGACAACAUCGGACAGGGUAGGCCUGGCAGAGCCUCAGUGGCCACAGACUCCCUUGGAAUCGGCGUGACUGGCGUCAGCCUCGGGAUCGGCAGCUCGUCUUUCCUGGAUUCGUUUUCUCAGCGCCCGCUGGGCCGCUGGCCAAUCAGGGAUGAGGACGAGGGGACAGACUUUCAAACCUCGCACCCAGCUCCACUGGUGCCCAUAUCAGGGCCAUCUCGGUCUCACGGCCGGGGGGGCGUCUCAUACAGAGCAAGCAGACCGGGACUGUAGCUGGUGGCUUCCAAAUGUCUCCGUGCACUUUAGCCUUUCUUCUUGGUACUGUUUAGAUACACGGCGCGGUCAAGUGCCCACAUUUUUCUUUUGUUGUACAAAAAUGUUUCGUACUGUUAUUGUGCAGCUUUGAUAAAAGGUCUAUUUUUGUAUUUUGAGUCUAAAA